AAGGAUCAGAUCGAGAAUAUGGUACGUGAGGCAGAGAAGAACGCAGCCGCUGAUGCGGAGAGAAAGGAGAAGGUCGAGAUAGUGAACCAGGCAGAGAGUAUCAUUCACGAUACGGACUCGAAGAUGACCGAAUUCCAGGAUCAGUUGCCAGCCGAAGAGUCAGCGGCACUUCGCAAGAAAUUGGACGAAGUAAGGCAGUUGUUGACCAAGAAGGACACCGAGAGUGUAGCGACAAUCCGAGAGGCAAUCGGAUCACUUCAGCAACAGUCUCUGAAGCUGUUCGAAGCAGCCUACAAGAAGAUGGCAGAGAAGAAUCAAGCCGGAGGAGCUGCUGGUCAGUUUUGA